AUGUCAAGCCGAAGAACUAGAGCUUCUCAACCCACGGAGGACGAGGUUAAGGAGCUCGUCUCAAGACUACAAACACUUAUACCACAGCUUAAUCACAGGCGAAAUACAACGGCAUCAGCAUCUACCAUUUUGGAAGAAACUUGUUCUUACAUCAAGAGCCUGCAUCAAGAGGUGGGAGACCUGAGCCAAAGACUAUCUCAACUACUGCGUGAUUCUGCAGAAAUUGCAGAGGUUGAUGAAGAGCUUAUUACUCGACUCCUCUCCCGCAUUAAUUAAUAAUCAA